AUGCAUUUCAGAUUCCGAGUCAGCCCUGGACACGAGAAAGUUCAUUUGCCUAAAUCCUUCACAGCCAAACAACUGUAUGUGCUUUUUGCACAGUACAACCUGUCUGGACCAUAUCUGAGUUUGUUUGUCAAACCUGUGAAGCAGCUGGAGUCUGGCGUGCUCGACUCUAAGCCUGGGCCCUCCAGUGGGCCCUCUCCUUGGGUAAAGCCUCCUCCGUUCUUCACACAGCUCGGGCAAGUUUGGGCACCAGCCACUCGAUGGUCGGACCCUGCGAUGGAAGCAACGUGCAGAGACGCUCAUGUGUGCCGGGCCCCUCCCAUCUAG